GUGGGACAGGCAACCGAGGACGCGCGAGCUAGGGGUGGAGGGAAAACAGAGGCUAUAAAUAUUCAUGAAUCCGCACAAAGGCACUGAAGCCGCGCAGCCAAAGCGAAGUUUGAACUGCCGUUCAUUUAUCUGUCUUUCACCGGCAGAGGCACACAUCGGCUGUGUGAGUCACUGAUACUCGGCGAGCGUGUAUUCUCUGUGUAAUUGUCUUCAGCUGUGAAAGAAACUCAGGAUAGUUACUGCCAGUGCGCACAGCUUCGCGAGUAGAGUGUACGCAAAGAAGCCCGAGCAGCGCUCGUGCAAGUUAAAAAUAAUUUAUACUUAAAAAAAAAUCCUUUGGAUUAUAGCUGGGAAUAAACUACAGAUCGUUUUUGGAAGAUACCCGACAUCGUCAAGCGAACCGAAAGUUUUCGUGUUACCGUUUUUGGGUUUUUUGGAAAACUGUUUCACAAUGGAAAACAGAUUGCUCCUAUGUUCGCUGGCAGUGCUCGUUCUUUGUGUUUUCACCAGCAUUGGACGUGAAAUCCACAAACCUAGAAAUUGCAUGGAGAAGGGGCAAUGCUGUACUGGACAAAAUAACACAUGUUUUGCCCAUGGACCACGGUUAGAUAGGAACGUGAAUGAAACUCAAUGUUACUGCGAUGCGAACUGUCUUAUAAUGGGGGACUGUUGUAUAGAUUUCCACGAAACAUGCAAAGCUCAAAAUUGUAAAGUGACUGAGUGGGCCGGCUGGGAGGAGUGUGAUAAUCCUUGCGGUAUCGGCAGUCGGCGUCGGAUCAGAAAAGUCGAGACUUUCCCCGAGAACGGCGGGAAGCACUGCCCUGUUUUAAAACAGCGUCAGGCGUGCGUCGGGGACGGGUUAAGUGAAGAAUGCUUGCAGCAGGAUUUGGAAUUCCAAGGGGAAGAACUCCGGGAAAGGGGCCAAAUAUUACCUGUGAAGUACGGUAUUUUCCGAUCUAGUAAGGAAUAUGCCCCAUGGAAGGGAAUUCUGAAGAAUCUUUACGGAAGAAAUUACAACCAGAUUUUGAAAAGAGCAACGUACUACUCCACGUACCUGAUCACCAGCACUCGUGAUGCCUGCUUCGACAAGGCCGACGCCCCCUGGGCCAACUUCCUGAAGAAAGGUGUGCACGUCUGUGUGGAGUGCCAGCCCACUGCCAUGGACCGCGAUAGAGGCUUGCGCUGCAUAGGCCAUGGUGUGAAAAACAUGCUCACGGAGUGGUCCGCAGUCAAUGUGCCACACUGCCGCGGGGAGUGGACGAUGCAGAAACCACAUGAAUCGGGGACCUGCCAACAGGACAAUGAAAAUGCAUUCAUUUUCAUCUGAUUGGGUGCGAGAACCAAUGGAUAAAGGAAACAUUGGAUUUUUGGUUUUCCAAUUUGAACACGUAAAAAUGUGCUGAUUAAGUUUUCAUAAUGUGGCAUUACUUAAUGGUUAAUCUGGCUGUCAAGAAGGUUUAGAGGUUGAUGAUACUAAUAAGUUAAAAGGUUAGGAACAGAGGGAGAUUUUUUCGAAUAGUGUGUGUUAGAUUUUGAUAACUCUUGUGUCAUUGUUUGGUGGUUAAGCUUCUCCACCAUUAGAACACAUCUAACAUAGGAUGGUUUGCUCCAUUAUAGCAGUUUUCCAAUUUUUGAAGCAGGGAAUACAACUUUACAGUUUUCUGUAAAUGCUCUUAUAAUUCAUUAUCUACAGUUCAACCUGUCUUGUACGACUGAGGUACCUGCAAUGACCUUUGUUAAGGUCAGUCUUACUUUCCAUUCAGAGAAAGCUUUUUGAGAAGCUUGCCUGUUGUGGAUAGUGAAUAACCAAUCUAAUGCGUAAAAAAGGGAACCAGGGGUCAAAAUACCACCGUUCCAACUGGUUUUUGCCAGUCAAUAUCACCCUGGGCUGGGAUAUUUGUUUAGCUGUCAUCAACAAGUCUAUAUACAGAUUAGACAUAUCUAACAUGACUCUUUUAAGACAUGUUUUUACUCUACAAGGUACCUUUUUAGCAACAGGUUCGACUGUUUAUAAUGGUUUAACUAGAGAUACUGACCACCAAUGUAUGUAGCAGAGUAGACCCCCACUGGUGUGAUGAACGAAAGGAGAAAUUGUAUAAAACAAUCACUUUUUGUAUAUUCGUCUUUUCCUUGAAAUGUAGUGUUGUUGUUUUUAGUGACAGUGUUCAAGGAUAUGUAUACAUAUUCAUCCACAUUUAGUGAAGCAUUCUAGUAUGUAGUCACUCAUAUUUUUAUUAUUUUGCAUUUACCUCAGCAAACCUGGUGCUCGUUUUUUUUAAAUUUUGUUUGUUUGAUUUAAACCAGGCCAGUAUUCCAUCACUAUUAUGUCUGGUUUCUGUGUCAAAACUUAUCAGCUUGAAGAUUUAACAUGGUAUUUUACCUGAGUUUUACAACAAGAUAUUACCAACUCAGCGAGUGUGUCAAGCUAUGGAUGACAAUUAGAUACGUUCUGUAAACGAGUGGUUAAAAUAAAAUUGAAGCAGACGUGGUGGAUUUAGAAGUUUCAUUAAAGAUUCAUAAAUAUUUACUGCUGAACUAGCUUUUGUGUAUUAAUCUUGUAUUGGAGCAUAAAUUGUAAUAAUUAGUGGAGAUUUGUAAUGGACUAUUUUUUGUUUUGUUUUUACAAGUACUUGCCCAUGGUAAAUUCAGAAUUUUCACUUAAGGAUUUCAGCAUUGAAUUCAUAAAUAUUUACUGCUGGACUAGCUUGUACAGUAAUAGGACAUAAAUUAUGAUAAUCAUCCACAUUUUGCAAUGGGCAGUACAGGUUAUAGUUUUCAGACUUGUUUUAACUUUAAGAAAAAAAUGGUCUUUAGAUGGUUAUUCAAAUAAUCUCUUCAAAAUGCCCCAAAAGCGGUUUUACUGUGCAGUCAGUGCCUAUUAACAGAAGUUAAGCAUUUGUCAAAAACCUUGUUCAGUUGCUUGUACAACAUUAGUUUUACUUACAAAUCGAUACAUAUAUAGGAAAAACAAGAAAAAUAUGUACUUCGUAUGAACCCUACUUGACUUCUAUGACCAAAUCUGUUUUGUAAAUUCCUCGAAUACUUAUGGUCAAUGGCAUGUCUAGAUCCACCACAGUGUGUGUUUGCAAACAAAUGACACAACAUUUAGUCAUAAUUUUGUUUUUGUGUUUUACCAUAUUUUUUUUACAUUUAGCUUGAACCAGUUUUGGGUGUUUUGCUUCAAAGUGAAUUCCUUUUCAUUUGUCACAGUCUGUGUCACAAACAUGUUAAGCUUUAUUUUUAAAACUUAUUCUAAUAAAAAAGGAAAAUGUUCAUACUCAGGUACAUGCUAGUUAAGACACCAGACCAAAGUAAUUUGUUUUAAUGUUUACUAUUUUGUGUGUAAUUUUGUGUAGUCCCAGCAUUACUUCUUAAAUCAUUAAAACAUAAGAAUGGUAAAACUGGCAUUACCACUGAAAUGAAGUGACCAAUUUACCAACGAAGUCAUGGUAUCGUAGAUCAGGUUUUGGCAUAAUCAUGUUUGAAACCAGACUGAAUUGUGGUUUUAAAUGUACUGAUAGCUGGCAGUUUGAGUCUCUUGUCGUAGAACAAGCUGUAGAUGUCAUAGUCUGCUCAAAAUUCUCUUAAAGACACUUGUCGGAACCCCACGAAACCCAUUAAAAUGUUCAGGAAAUGUUAUGACAAGUCCACCACUGCUGGCCCUGGCCAUUUAAGUGGUGUACAAGUGGCUUAGAACUACCAGGUGCCAUGGAUUUCAUUUUUCAUCAAAUUCUGUUAAAUUCAUUUGUCAGUUUCCACAACUUUACAUAAUGGGAAUACUACACAAGAAUCUGUUUUUCAUGGAUUUCGUUUAGUGUGCUGAUUGAUUAAUUAAUUCGGAAUUUGAUGCUAACAAAUAAUACAAUUAUUAUCUGGUCAAGAAAAUAUAUAUUUUUAAUAUAUUAUGUUUCCAGAACAGUAGAUCUGCUUGUUCUAAGGAUUUUGUUUUAAAGAUUGGUGUUAAUUGAAACUAAUUGAAUUCCUGUGAUUUUUCUCGAUGGGAAUAUUAAUGAGUAUCAGAUUGCCAGAUUACACUAGAAAAACAAGCUCUGUCUACUUGUCCAGCAAUUUGAAAUGAAUCAAUUAACAAUUUAUUUGCAUUAUAUAUGCACCGUGAAAUCUCAUGAACCCAUGUACAUACAAGAGUGUGAAGUCGGAUCGUAAACCCCCACUGAUACCUACACAGAUCGUGACAUUUUACAGCAAUACCAAAAAUAAUGCUUUAACUCAGUUUGUAAACAAAUUACAAGGAUUUUAAAAUUUUGUUUCUGUUUUUAGUUUCACUGAUGAAAUGGUGCUUUUUCACUGGCCCCCAAAGCAGACUGUAAGCUCAUUUUUUGAACAUUUCAGUUGCUUUGGUGACCAUUAUUUUGUGUCAAUGUUAUUUUUAUUUUAUGCUUGCAGCCACAUCAAAUUGUGACUUAUGCUACUAAAUGAAAAACAAAAAAGGUUUUAAAGCUUGUUUUUAGUAACGGUUUGGAAAAUGAAUGCACAUGCUCAAUGCUUAUAACUACGAUGUAUGUUCGCACCAUAAAUAUAUAGUUAUUUAUAUCUAGAAGACCAUGUUACAUUUAUUGUGUGCUAUAUAAAACAACAACAACAACAACAAACCAUCUACUUUGCUCUAUAAAUGUUGUACUAUGAUUUUUGCUUACAUCCAAGAAAAUGGAGUUUUGAGGUAUAUGGUCAGUGUACUUUAAAUUUAAUUAUUUCCUAGAAAAUGGAGUUUGGGAUUAUGUGGGCAUUGUACUGUAUUUUGCUAUAUUUCCUAGAAAAUGGAAAUUUGGAUUAUAUGGGCAUUAUACUGUACUUUUCCUAUUUCCUAAAAAAGAGAAGCUUUUUAAGUUCAUGGGCAUUGUACUGAUGUUUUCCAUAUUUCCUAGAAAAGAGAGUCUUGGGUUAUAUUUGCUUCAUCUAGUUCAUCUUCCAUGUGUUCUGUGUUGUUAUAGACUGCAAAAAAUAGUAUCAACAGUACAACAAGCUCAAAGGCCUUUCCAUCUGUGGAAUUUGUGCAAACACUUUCACUUUUGAAUGUAUCAAAAAUAUAUCUAAGCAUACAACUUUUGAUACUUUUGCAAAUUUGACUAUCAAAAUCCCAACUGUUUUAUGUAAUAAAGGACAACAUAAUUUUGUACCAUUUCUCAGAUAUUUAAUAGAUAAACAUGGUACAAGACCAUAUUGGUUAGUGUUUCAAGUUGCAAAUAGUAACUAUAACACAAGUUCAGAGGACUUAGUGGACUUGUAUUUCAAUUACUAUGUAGUUAAUAGUUAUUGCAUUUAUUCUACAUAAGCAAUAUUUGUAUAUCUCCUGUCAAUAUCACUCAUCUUUGAUGUUAUAUCUAGUUUGAAAGUGUACCAACUUUAUAUAGUGGCUUUUUGUACAUACGUCUUUUAAUGUGUUGUUGCCACUGUUUUAUAUUCUGUACUAAUUGUUUUUCUCAGUUCUUCAGAUAGUGCUUGUCUGUAAUGUUGUAUUAAACUGAUUUAUCAAUAAUAUUUUUACUAUACUAGCACUUAUAGUAGUAAACUGUGCAGCACCACAAUGGAGGAACUUAAAGAGCUACAUGAUGUCAUCCAAACAGAAAGUUGUAAAUGUUUCUCAUUUCUUUUAUUCAGAGAGAAGUAAAGACAUCUUAACCUAUAAAGAAAUAGAGACUUUUAACUAAACCGGUCACUUAAUUAAACAACAUCUCUGUGACAGGUAGGAAAAGAGAAUUUCCAGCCCUGCUGACAAAAUCAUGGAAAAGCUUAUUUUACAUUCUUUUGUUGUAUUGGAUGUGAUUGAAUGAACAAAGUAGAGCAUGUGUAACAACAUAAUAUUUAUUAAUAUCGUUGUACUUUACAUUUGUGCAAUAAUCACAUUUGUACAAGAUUUUUCUCUCAAUUGAAUAUUAGUUUUAUGUCGUGCAGAUCUCUGUCAUUUGCACUAUGUGGUUUGAGUCUGCAGCUUAGUUUGAAAUUUAACCAUACAGAACUUACAUUUAAAUUUUAUUUUAAGAAAAUAAAUAUUUCUUCUCA